GUUGUAAAAGUAGUGGACAAAACAAUCGGUUUCUCUUGAUAAUGUUUCUGGAUUUUUUCUGGAGUUUUAUUGUGUGCUUAAUUGAUUUAUGCUUCGUUUGCAAUCUCUACAAAUCUCAAUACAUAGAAAUAAAGGCACACAUUGGCCUGAAGGCUCAAUACAUAGAAAUCAAGGCACACAUUGGCCUUAAGGCUCAAUACAAAGAAAUCAAGGCACACAUUGGCCUGAAGGCCGCUGCAGUAUGAAACUUCGUAUUUACUCUAGCUGGUUAUCAAAAAGUGCAGAUUAACAAGAAAUCAGGAUUGAACGUAAAGAUAACGUAUUCAAAAUGUUUGUACUUGAGCCGCAAAGAUAUCACGAAUAGCUUGGACUGACAUAAAACAAAUUAAUUAACUCUAAUGAAAAUGGCGAAUGUGGAUAACUCCUCCGACGAAGUGGAUGAACGUAGAAAGAGCAUGUUUCAAGCGUUCGCAGAUGAUUUGCAGAAAGGAAGUACAUCAGUUGAUGAUGAACCAGACGAACAUCCACUUAAAGAACGCGGUUUCGGUGUAAACUUGUCCGUAUUGUCAACCAUCUUUACGAAAGAAAGACAAAUGAAAGAGAAAUUAAUAGGCCUAUAUAACAAAAUAAGUCAGGUUGUAGAAACGUUACCUGAAGAAUAUGAGGUCGUGCUGUCGGCAUUAUAUGGGAAUGUCGAAGAUAUAAUCACAGAAUUGGCAGACAACAAAAUGAGUCUUUUAAGGAAUUACACCUUUGUUGUUGCAGGUGAAGUUAUACCAUACAUGAACCGUUUUUUAAACGUAUUAUUUGGCUCCGAUAUUUUCCCCCCAACGUCCUUCCGGUCACCGCCUGUCGUCUGCAUACAUACACUUUCAAGCGAGACGGAGCAAUAUUUGGAGAUUCAGAGUGCGAACGGUUCUACAAAGCAAUAUGCGGUAUCUAGCAGAAAGACGUUUGAAGGGUUAUUGUUACAGAAACUAAAAAAGAAAGAGUGUCAACGUUUAGAUAUUUAUGGACAUUCACCCAAUUUUGGAAGCAAGACAUCGGUUACCAUUGUGGUCCAUCCUAAUGACGAUCUGGAGAAGAUGUUCAGCUUCCUUGCCGAUGCAUCGAUGCUUAUUUACGUUUUCAAUGGAGCAACCGUCGAACAUGGACUUGAAGAUAAGUUAAAGUUACUAUGUAAGCACCUACAGAACGAAGACAAAAAACGAGACCUGAAUAGUUUCGAUCCUCAUCAGAUGAUGUUUGUGUGUAGCAAUUGGGGUGCUGUUGAAAAGGAAAAGGGAUCAGCGGAAUCUGUCUGGCAAACAUUUGUUACUCAUGUUCAGGAAUAUUUCCCCGGACUAUCAAACGACGAUCAUAUGUUUAAACUGAGGGACACGCUGAUGGAAAAAAAUCGAAGGUCUUCCACCAGCUCACAAGGCGACCUGGAAACGUUAUGUACUGCUAUUACGACAAUGAUUUCCACAAGUCAGAUGGAAACAAUACAGCGCCAUUACAGUUGGCUUGCUUCACUAAUGCAGCUCAUACGCAAACAUGCACACGUUCGAUUAAGCUUUGCCGUAAAUGACACAAUUACAAAAGACGUCUUGCUGAAAGAAAUCGAAAAGUGGAAUGAGCUUUCUGAUGAAUCCAAUAAGAUGCAGAUAGACCUUAAGCAGCUAGCACGUUCACGAUGCACGCAGAUGGUGGUGUUACUUGAAACGCACUUAAAAAAAAGCAGUGUUCAGAACAAUAUAAAGAGUAAGUUCUACGCCAAGAAAGAUUUGUCUCUACCAAGCAAUCACAUCGAUUCAAUCAGAUCAUCUGUUAAAACAUUCAUCCAGACUUUGAUAUUAGAAGAAAUAGAAGCAUGGGAACAGACAUCGCUUCACUAUCAACGUACUGUGCGCACGAUUGAAGAGGUGUUCGAAGAGAAAUGCCAAAAGCUACGAAAAGCAUACUUAGAAGUUGCUCAUUCAAAUAAGCUUAUCAAUGAAUCGACAAGUGGAAUAAAUUCUGGAGAUGAAGAAAGCCAUGACAUUGGUGAUCUUACAGCAGGCAAAAAGGCAAUUAUAGCAGUCACGUCUCCUUUGUGGAUACCGCUUGGGAUAGUGGCUUCAAUGGUAGCGAUUCCAGUUGUUUUCGGAAUAAUGGCCAAUGAUGAUAGAAAAUUGAAACAGUUUAAAAAAGACAGCUCUCCUUUUAUGGACAAGUGGCUGCAAGAAGCCUUGAAAGACUUCGUGAAAAGAAAGUCUAUUGACAAAUGCGUUCUUGAAAAUUAUCUUUCGCUUUUGGUCACAAAGAUUAAGAAUAUGUGUAAACACAUGGUUCCGGUUUCAAUGAAAGCAGACAUGUUGCAACUCAAUUUAAUGCUAGAAGACGACCGUGAUUCAAGCGAGAUUUUUGAUGAACAUUUUCCAAUUAAAUCCAGUGUGCAAGAUCACAUCGUCCUUUUACGGUUAUUUCAUUCUACGUUCCUUGCAAAUGAUACUGUCAACGUCUUUGAUAUUAAAGACAGGAGUGCAUUUUCAAACGGACAUUGCUCAGAACUCUAUUCAGCACGGCAUUGUGGAAAAUCGGUGCUCCUGAAAUACAUGAAAGCCAAUUCCGGUGAACUUUAUGCAUAUUUUGACCACCUGGACAUGUUAAGACGGAUGCAGCAUGACAAUAUUGUCAGCUUCAUUGGGGUUUGUUUCUCCGACAUGAUGCCCGCAAUUGUAGGGGGCGAGGAACCCGAGCAGAUGAGCAGCUUCCGGCUGAUGUUCAUGUUCGAAAAAUGCGACAGAAAUCUGGAAGAGUUCUUACUUAAUUCUCCCAAACUUCAAUGCGGAAACACGGAACCAGCUUCCCGUAAAGAUGCAUUGCACUUCUACAGCCGAACAGCGCAGUCAAUAUGCACUGGUUUGUUAUAUAUACACGGCAAAGGACAUUGGCAUGGGAAAAUUAGUAUGGAAAAUAUUCUGUUCCAAAAUGGAACCGUCAAGCUUAUUAGCCCAUCAAUUGGAAGCCAUCCAAAAAGAGUAGACUUCUCAAGGUUGAUGCCACCAGAGAUUAUGGCUAGUACCACAGUAGGCAAGGAAACAGAUAUAUUUCAUUUGGGAACUCUGUUAUGGGAGCUGUGGUACGGAAGGAAAGUUCCAAUGGUGAGCACUACCGCAAGCCAAUCAAUGUCUUCGUUUCCACAUCCGAGCUGCACUGCCAAACACGCGAUGCCGGAGGUUCUGGCUCGUGUUGUAGAGAGUUGUUGGCAGUUCAAUCCAGAGGACAGACCGGCUGCAAGCAAGGUUUUGCAGGAAAUGUUUACAAUCGUGUAAUAUUUUCAUUAAAUGGGCUUUUUCACGUUUUGGUAAAUUGACAAAAUCAAAAAUAGUUGUUUCAGAUUCGCAAUUUUCGUUUAAGUUGUAAUAUUUGUGAGGAAAAAGAUAUACUGAACAUUUACCAUGCUCUACAAUAGCCAUUAUAUGCAUAUUUGGACAAUUUAAAAUCCUGAAAAUUAUAAAGCGUUGCAACGCAAAACGAUUGAAUAAUUUUGGGAGUUCUGUUUGUGUCGUUAUAUUUUGUGAAACUACUAGGAUUGCUUAUAUAAAGUAUAAAAUACAUCCUUCAUUAUAUGAGCACGGAUGACCGAGUGCUCUUACUGGUAGACUUUUACUCCAGGAUUCAGGGGUCAGUGGUUCGAGCCCUGUUGAUUUUUUACUGGAGCUUUUUAUAUCAAAUGUUUACAUUUAUCAAUAUAAAGCAUUUAAUGACAAACAUCAAUACAUGCCAAAAUAUGUGACAAGGCCCCUUUAAGAACUUAAGGAGUCUUUGUUUCAUGUUGUUCGCUAUUUCUAAAUGUAACAUGAAAUCUGUUUGCCGAUGAUGCGUUCGCAAACAUGUUGAUGAUAUUCUUAAGAAAUGUCACAUUUUGUAGCAUAUAUUUAUAUCACAUCAACGAAUUUUAUUUCCUUUAAUUUCUUCACAUUUUAUCAUUUAAUUCUGUCAGAUCGAAUGAUAAACUGUCUAAGAUAUAUGUAUAUAGAUUCAUUUACCCUAUGAUUGUAUGAACAUUAUAUGAUAAGAUUGUGGUGUAUUUUGUGACUAAAUACAUGUUUAUUUAAAUGAAAUUAGCGAAAUCUUUCUUGAUAAAAAACAUUAGUUUAUUUUUACUCGAGUGUUUAACUGAAAAUUCUGUCAACGAACGCAAAUUCACUCAAUAAAUUAAUGUAGUGUUGGCGAGGGCAUGGCAUUUUAACUCGAUGUUAUUAGAAUAUCCCCGGAUUCCUUUCUGAUUGAUUAGUCGUUUCCAGCCUAUACAAUACAAUAUUGAAUUACUCUACGCUUGGUAGGAUUUUUUACCGAAGUAAAUUUUCUAAUAGUUGACAUGUGUCAUUAAAUACAUUUGUUUGUACUAUAUGAUGCUAAGUUCUGAAAUCUUGUUAACAAGAAGGGUUUUAGUUGGUACUGAUACUUAUUUUAUUUCAUAGUUUCUCAAUCAGUUGAAAUUUUGUUGCUGUGGCUUCUUAACAAUUGAGUUAUACAAAUAGAAAUUAAAGCGAAUCAUUAUUCUCUUUAAUCUCUGUUUAAUUUAUAACGAUGAUUACAUGUUAAUGUUUAUUUACACUUGUAUGUUUUGUGAUUAAUUCUGGGCUUAGGGUGAGGUUUGGGAUCCCUUCAACUGCUUAAAAUCCUCAAGGCUUUCAAUCGACCGUUCCAAUGCGGUAUCCCAAGCUUUAGUUAUGAUUUAAUGUUGAAUUUCGUAUUGCAUGUGUUGACUUGUGUUGUAUUGACUAUUGAUUGUUUCCUAAAUUAAAAGAAUAGCGGACAUUACGUGAACAUCUUGUUAUUGUAUGUAAAUAAAUCAACUGUAAUCCG